AUGCAUAAUUCUUACAGUUCUUCUUUUGAUAAUGAAUCCAAUAAUUUAGAUUUAGUGAAACGGCAAUAGAUUUCAUAAUAAUAAUUGCCAAAAUUAAUGUAAAUGCCAUCAGAUUUGAAACCACCAACUAUAAAUUCAUCAUUUAUAAACUGUCCAUCUCCAUUUACAGAACCAUUAAGAUCUUACAUUUCUUAUAGAGAAAGUGGAUAAAAUCAUUUUGAAUAGAGUAGAAAAGCAAAGACAUUGAAUAUGAAUUCAGAAGGAGGGGAUGGAAAAAACGUUGAUGAAUCUGGGACUAAGAGAUUAAAGAAAAGUUAAUUUAAUUAAGGAAUGUCUUCUUUACGUAAAUAUCCAUAGUAUUCUGAAUUUAAUUAGACAGAAUCUGUGAGUAGAAAUAUAUUUGACAAAAAGUUUGUAAAACAAUUUGCUAGAACUCUUCUUUAAAAAGCCUAUAUAUAUCGUGAUAAUUAUUUUAAUGCAUAUUAAAAAUAGAUAUUAGUAGAAAAUUAUUUAGAAAAUAAUUCACAUUAUACUAUAUAAGAUGAAAAGAAUAAAGAGCAGAUAAAUCCUUUAUAUUUUCUAUUUUGGGAUAUGGUCGUAAUAGUUUUUAUAUUGAUGUUAAGUAUUUGGUUGCCAUUUAAGAUAAGUUUUAAUUAGGAAACAAAUCUAAUCUUUGAAUUAUUGGCGAUUUUUAUAAUAGUAGGUGAUUUAGGUUUAAAUUAUUUCAAGCCUUACAUAUCAGAAGGUAAUUUUGUAAGAUUUCAUAUAAAGUAUAAAUUAUAAUUAAUAAAACGUUAAACUAUUAUUGAUAUAACUUAUUUGAUUGGUUAAGUUUUAUUGUUAUUCAUAUCUUAGAAUUCAGUGUUAAUAUGGUGUAUUUUAGUAUUAUAAAUAAGUUGUGGAGUAUAGAAAUUGAAUAUUUUGAUGUGUCGUAUAAAUGAUUUUAUGCCUUUUGAAAUUGGUUAUUAUAAAAUAUUCAUGAUAGUAUUAUAUGUGAUACAUUCAUUUUCAUGUUUUUGGCAUUUUAUAGGAAUAGAAGAAUAAGAUUCUUGGAUGGUGACAUUGAAUAUAGAAGAGGAAGAUGAAUGGACAAAAUAUUGUUAUGCAAUAUAUUUAAAUACAAGUUUAUUAUUACAUAUGGGAUCAGGACUGAUUUAACUAAAAACAAAUGUAGAAUUAAUAUAUUCAACAAUUGUUAUGUUUAUAUCUUGUUGGUUAAUAGCAUAUAUAAUAAAACAUAUUAGUUUUAUGAUGAAAUAAAGAUAUUAAAGAUAUAGUAAAAGUAUGUUAUAAAUGGAAUUAAUGAAUAACUUUAUGUCUAAAAAAGGAAUAUCAUUAUAAAUGUCUGCUAGAAUAAGGAAUUAUAUAAGAUUUAUUUAAUAAUAGGAUAAUCAAGAUGAUUAGGUAAUAUUGUUAUAUACAUUUAGAUAAUUAGAUGUAAAUUCUUAUGUAAUAACUAUCACCUACUUUAAAAGAGGAAAUUCUACUUUAAAUGAGAAUAAAGGCAUUAUUUAAUUGUAAACCUCUUUUUAAUUUUUCAAAAGAUACAUUAGAACAUCUUACUUAAAUAAUGGAAUAUGUUAAAUUUAAUCCAAAUGAAUUAAUAAUAUAAAAACAUAAACCAGAUGAUUGUUCAUUAUAUAUAAUUGAAUCAGGUGAAGUAUAAAUAAUGGAUUAAAAUACUUAAUUAGCUUAAAUGGGAACUGGAGAUUCAUUUGGUGAAUAUUCAUUCUUUUCAGGAGAUUUAAGAUAAGCAUCUGUUAAAACUAAAGGGUUUGUUUAAUUAUAUAAAAUAGAAUAAUGUAAAUUUGUUUAAUUGAUAUAAUAAAAUAAAAGCGAUCAUGAAAGGUACGUAUUUAUAAAACAUUCCCUUCUAAAUAAAUAGUUUAAAAUUAUUAAUAUGUUUUGCUAUUCUUGUAGAAGUUCUGAUCAUUUAAUUUGUAAAUGUCCUAUAUGGACAUAUACUCCAGAUCUUGAAAAAGUAUAUAAGCAGGAAAAUUAUAAUUAAUAAUCUAGGUCUAAUUUCUCUAGAUCUCUUAAGAAAGAAAGAAAAGACUUUAAUAGAAUAUUUUUAAGAUUGAUUGUAAUAUCUGUUAAUAUAUAUUUAUAGUAAAAUUAUGAUGCACUUAAAAUAUUUAGAUUAAAAUAUGAUAUUAUUUAUGAUGAUGAUGAUGAAGAAGAUGAUGAUCUUUAAGAUGAAGAACUUGAAUCAUGUUCUGAACUUAGUGAUGAUUAUUAAAGUGAUGAAGGUUAUUCAGAUAAUAGAUUUAUUGAUAAAUAAGAUGGGUAUUAUUUUUAUAUUUAUAUUUAUAGAACUAUUGUUAGUAUUCUAAAAUAAUAAGAUUAAGUUAAAGAAAAUUCAAAAGUUUUAAAAGAAAUAGAUGAUGAAAAUGAUCAAAUGUUUAUUAUUAGGCCAAACAAUUAAAAAGGAACAUUAAGCACAGCUUAAUUUUAAUAUUAAACAGAUUUUCAAUAGUAGCAAUAAUAAUUAUAUAAAUUCUCAUUAGUACCAUAAGAGCCAUAAAAAAUAAAAAGAACUUCAACACCAUAAGAUCCAUUAUAACCAUAAUAAUUUAUUUAAACAGCAACAUCUUCUUAAUUAAUUGCUAAUGAAGUUCCAAUUCCAUCAGUUAAAAGAAUUAAAAAUACUCCUCAUAUUACAUUUAAAGGAGAUACAGAUAGUUAAUAGAGUUAAUAAAGAUUAAGAAAUAAUACAAAAAGUAGAGCAUAAAGUAGUGUUGUUGAUAAAAUGAAGAAAAACUUAUCAAGAAUAAGAGAAGAAGACUCUGAUACUUUAAAUUUAUCUAAUAGAUAAUAAUCUGAUGAAUAAGCUAGUUCACCAUAUGGAAGAUAAAUAGGUAGACAUAGUUAAAGUUCUACAUAAGUACGAUAAUCAAUGAAAAGAUUUUCAUCAAAAUUAUCAACUAUUCCUAUUAGAUAAGGUACAAUAACUCAAUUAAGAUCUACUGUUAGUCCAAUUAUUAGAUCUAAUAUUCAUAUUCCUACAGGAGUGGGUAUGGUUGAUUUAAGUAUGUAUAAAAGACCAGAUACAUAAUAUGAAGAGUUUGAGAGAAUGUAUUCAUACAAUCUAUAUUAUCCUAUUGAUAACUAUUAAAAUGUUAUCAACAGAUUAAAUUCCUUUUUGAAGUGGAAACUAUCCAGAUUUAUACCAUCUAAAUAUACAUUCACAUUUAAAGUUAAAAGAUUAGUCAAUAAAUUCUUAAGACCUAUUAAAGUCGAAUUCAAUUCAUAUUGA